CUGCUCGGCGAGCGGACGCCGUCCGAGGGCGGGGGCAGCUUGGACGAGGAGCUCGGCGCGACGACCACGGCCGGCGACGAGGCGUUCGACUGCGCGGCGGGCCUCUCGGCAUGGGAGAAAGGUUGGUCCGAGGAGAAGAAGGAGUGGUGCUGCCUGAACAAGAACAGCUCCACGUGCCCGUUCGACUGCGUGGCGGGCCUCCCGGCAUGGGAACGGGGCUGGUCCGAGGAGAAAAAGGAGUGGUGCUGCCUGAACAAGAACACCUCCACGUGCAAGUUUCACUUCGACUGCGAGGCGGGCUUCGACAGAUGGGAGCAGGGCUGGUCCGACGAGAAGAAGGAGUGGUGCUGCGCGAACAGGCAGACGCCCACGUGCCAGGACCUCGGCCCGGCCUCAGGGAGAGGAGAUCGCGCCGCUACAGUCAGCGAGGGCCAGCGAUACUACGGGACGGAGCGAUACAUGACCAGCAUGGGCAACCCCCUUGUGGACCUCAUGGGCGACCUGGAGGUGGAGCACGACGACACUGCGGACACCGUGCCAACAUUGUCGCCAAUGCAGGACAAAUCGUACUUCGACCUGUUUGCCGCCUGA